GAAAAGUUUCAUCUUGACGAGUUUUUCGCCGUUUUAAAGUUGCAAUUUUUACUGGGAAAAGUUUGACUUUAAUGGUUGAAAAGUUUUCCAAAACAGAAUGCACCCGGGCCCGGAUCGGCAUUAGGUGAAUUCGAGCGUGGUCGAGCGUUUGCAGCAGUGAAAAAAGGCUAAGGCGGACAGUGAUUUCUGUGCAUGGGUUAGGAUUUUUCCUCCCAAAAAUUGCAAGAGUGGGCUCCAUCGUCAUCAUCAUCGGGCAGCCGUCGACAUCGCGGGGCUGGCAUUCAGCCUCCAGGAUUUUUUUGUAGCUCGGGCCCUCGCUCGCAGUGGUGAUAAAAGUUAGACAUUUUAUUUGAUUGCAAUGUGAAAGUGAAUGUGAGAGUGAAAUAAUGGAACUCCGAAAAAAGGAUAACUUGCAGUCUGGCAGAAUGGCAAACCGGGCGCCUUCAUAGGCGUUGGAAAGUGAAAAUUUUUCGAUCCCAGCGUGGAAAAAAUGGUGUGCGAAUAUAUCGAACAAAAUUAGGAAGGGAUGCGUGAUACGAUGCCAAAAGUGUUGGACAGUGAUACGGAAUCGGAGAUACCAGCCAGUAUUCAUAGUAACAACAAUAGCGAGCCGAAUACGGAUAAUGAGGAGAAACCGGAAACGGACGCCCUUCCUGUUGCGGGGACGUCACUCCCAGCCGUUGAAAAUGGAAACGUCAGCGAUACGGAUAGCAUUUGCAGUAACCGAAGUAAUGGGCGAAUGCUAUCCAACGGGACUGACCAAACCCCCGGACCGAGUCUUCCAUCAGUCAGAGCACCAACCCCACCAGCAGCUACUGCCAAUGGUAAUAGCUCUUCCAGCUGUGCAUCAAAUCCGAACAACAACGGCAAUAGCAGCUCCAGCAACGGUAGCACCUCCAAUCCCACUCGAGCAUCGACGGCGACGCCUGUGGCCGCAGGUGAUCGGAUAAGGAAGUAUCGCCAUCAAAACUUCAGCAAGAAUAUCUACAUCGGCACGAAGAAUGCGGAAAAGUGGGACACCUUGCGGAAUCUGUUGCUGUUCAAAAAUGAUGUGGAAUUUGUAUCAUUUCUGCUUCGGCUGGCAGAGGUGGACGAUCGGAAGAGGAAAAAUCGAAUUGCGAACGGCUUAAACGGUGAUUCGGAUUCGCUGCAGGAUGUUCUGCCGGGUGUAUUGGCCAGCUCUAAGAACGACCAACCGAACGGAAAACCUAGCACUAAGAAAACCAAAAGAGUACAAUUCCAGGAAAAUGUAAAUAUAAUCAACGACAACAAUAGCAGUUGCAGCUUGCGCACUUCCGGCGGCGGAGGUGGUAUAUUCGACUUCCACGAAGAUGAGGACGAUAACGAAAAUGGGCCUGGGUUUGAGUUUCGACGGCGACGUCCGCGGACUCAGCAGCCGCUGAGAUCUCCCUUGCCUCCCGGUGAGGACGGCCAUAGGGAUGAAGAUGAUGCUGCCGAUGGUGGCGACGAAGACGAGGAACAGUUUAUCGUUCAAAAUAUUAUCAAAAAGAUUCCGGGCAGGGUUGGACAAGGAAAUGAAGUGCAGCAGGAUUCCAUCAGUAGUACCAUGGGAUCGGUGUCUGAGGAUUCGUUACAUACUGAAGCGGAAGUGUUGGAUUAUCGUAUUGCUGAGAAAAUUAAGACGGAACUGGAGGAGAAGCAGAAACUUGAGAGGAAAUCGUUUGGAGAAGACAUGCCAACGACUUCGAACUUCUCUGAACACUCCGAUCGGCCGUCGGACGAUGAAGCAUAUGAUAAUAAGCUUGACAUUAAGAAGGUAGACAUCCGGAAGGUACCCUUCGAUCCGAAGCUAGGUACGAGUAGAAAAUUGAAAAGAGAAACUGGAUCAGUUGAUCUUCGCAUAGAAUACGAAGAACAGGAAUAUAGUCCGUUGGCUACGGAUGAACGCAAGCCACUGUUACCACCACCGAAGAAGCCUAGAAAAGCACCUACAACGAAAAACAAAGCCUGUACGGGUUGCGGUUUGAAGCACGGAACUGAUCCGUGUCCGUUGAGCACUCCAUUGGCAGUGAUCAAUAACAAAAUCGAGCUUAAAGAAUGGAUAGAGCAGAAUGAGGAUCUGAUUAAAAAACACAAAAUUGUGCUUAAGCCAGAGAAUCCAGAAGAAAUGGAUGAUGAAAACGAAGAUAACUACGAUGACGAUGAGGACGACGACGAAGGCGAUGAAAACGAGGAAAAUCAAUACGAUGAAAAACUCGAUAUCAUACCUUCAUUCUCGGAGACUUCAUUGCCACCGGAGUUUGAAUUGCGUUUGGCCCCGUUGGCAACGACUAUUAGUACAGUUGCAACUGCAGGCAGCAGUAGUACCAGCAUUAGUCAACAAAUGCAGAUCGAUGCCAGUGAGUCAUCGUGCUCGUUAGCAGCGCCACCAGGUAGUGAACAACAACAACAACAACCACCACUUCCCCCUCCAACGGCAACGGUUACCAAUACGAUCAACCACGGACUGAGUGUCUACACGAAGAUCUUCAUUCCGAAAUAUACUCAACUUGGACCCGUCAUAGGCCUAGUAGCCAAAGAAACGGAAAUACAGGAUGAUUGCAACAUGCGAUACAUCUUUGAGACGUUCGAUGGAACGAAGUCUACCUACCUAAACAUGGAGAACAAGAAUCAGGCCAAUUGGUUGCGAUACCUGAGACCGGCUCGGCAUCGUGAUCAGAAGAAUUGCGUGCUCAAAGUUCGCGACGAAGAGAUAGUUUUCGUGACCUGUGCGGAUCUGGAAGUGGGCAGUGAGCUGCUUUAUUGGAGCGAAGAAAGCAAUUCAGCGUGGGGCAAGAAGAAGAUGGAGAAAACAAAUUGUGGUGGGUGCAACUUGAAGUUCGAUCAUCCCUUGUACUAUCGCACACAUUGCUCGGUGUUUCAUGAUCCGGCGUUUAGCUUGACGAUUCGGAAAUAUCACUGCAAGGUGUGCGGAAUUGCUGUUUUGGGAAAGGAGAACAUAAUGAAGCAUGCCGAGAAGAUGCACGACGGCAAAGGUGCCUACCAGUGUCAGUUUUGUCAGAAGUUCUUCCUGCGUCUCAACUACCUGGAAAUGCAUCGAACGUACGGCUGCAGCAUGAAUCCCCAGCGAGCUCGUCCGCUGUGUGAUUUUUGCGGCCGUAAGUUCUGCCAACCGCAGAAGCUGAAGGUUCACAUCAAACGAAUGCACAGCGAUAUGGCCGAAGUGCUGCGGGACUUCCAGUGCAAGCUAUGCUCGAAGCUCUUGGGGUCCCGAGCAGCUUUGCAGCGUCACUCCAAGGAAGUUCACAGCCGAAAUUCGGCUGUGGUUAGCUGUCCCCGUUGUCAGAAGCUGUUCCAGAAUAGGAGCAACCUGAAGAUUCACAUGUUGACUCACUCGGGAGUAAGGCCGUUCAAAUGUGCGGAGGGUGAGUGCGCGGCAGCUUUCACGACGAAGCAGUGUCUGCAGUUUCACUACAAGAAGGUUCACGGAUAUACGCAGGAGCAGAUGCCGAAGAUUGAGCGCAGUGUUGCGUACACCUUUGAUGCUUAUUCUGGUGGUAUGAAUGAUGGAUUGGUUGAUCUUCUUACAGAUGGCAUCCAGCGUCGGCAGCGAAGGAAGCCGGAGCCAGGUGAAGAAGGAUGCAGUGAGAAACGGAAACGUGCACCGAAGAAUCUUCCCGGGAAUAUACUCAAGACCAAGAACAUUUUGGAGUCGUUCAGCGAGAUUUGCAAGAACGACAGCAACCUGUCGCUGUUGUCGACUAAAAUUUCAUCGAUACUGAAUGGAAAUUUGAAGGACUUUGGCAAGGUUCCCGGUGGACUACCAGGGUUGGAUGGUGACGGCGUUCGGAAGGAAGAACUGGACGAUGAUCUAGAUUCAAACGAAUGUGCAGAACGGGAUGAACGGUUGGAGGCGAUUCAAAGACAUCUGAAUCAACCGUUGUCAGAUGAGAAGCACGAAGAGUUCAGUCAGUUGCACUCUCGUCUAUCGAACAUAUCAGCUCAGAGCGAACAUAAUGCAAUGCACUAUAAGCUGCCCAGCAGCGAGGACGAGAAGCCGCUGGCGGAUGGAGAUGGCUUUGGCGACUUGAACUCGCUAGCGAGUAAUCAUAAGUAUAAAGAAUUUAUGAACGGGGGAAACCCUGGAUUGGUGAUAAGCAAGGGAAGCAAGAAAUGGAUUAGCGACAAUGAUCACAUGCAGGAUGAUAACAAUUCGGAAAGCAUGCUUGCGGCUGCAGCCAAUCGAGAUUUCCUGACGAAGCUGAUCAUGAAUGGCAAUGUGGGUCAUAAUGCUUCGCAGUCACACGUGGCAGAUGACGAUGAGGAUGAUGAUGAUAACUCGACAAUUUUGGAUGUGGUUGAUUCAAAUAACCAAAAUCAACAUAACUCUAAUGUACAAAAUCAGCAGCAGUCUCAACAACAGCAGCAGCAGCAGCAGCAACAGCAGCAGCAACAACAACAGCAACAACAGCAUCAGUAUACGUCAAGUUUCGCUGGAUUGAACAGCUCCUUACCGGAUUUGCCAGCGUUCCAAAGUCAUACAUUCCCUUCGCAUUUCAACCAUCAGUCACUGUUGGGAAGUUUCUACAAUAACAACAGCGGAGUAACGGGUCGUAACGCUAUCAACACUAUACCAACGUCGGCUAGCAUGCUGGUGGAAGCUGCGUUGAAUUCCGUGAGCAACAUAAUCAAUGAAGCGGAGAUGAAUAACAGUAGCAACGAAAAUCAGAACCUGCACAUGGGUGACAUCGACGGGGGUAACGCAACAACGGCUGAAAAUAAUCUUCAAACGGAUACGUUCAAUCCGGAUGGGAUCAAUUCUUCGGUAGACGAAAUGAAGAUGUUGAAACCGCACAACUUCCCACUUCCGAUGAACUCUAUGUCGCAGUUCUCGACGCAGUCCCCGGAUGAUGCAAGUAUCAUACAGGAACGCAAUGAAAUGGAGGUUCGGCCAAAGUCACGUGAUAAGCUCCCGAACUAUGGCGAUGGGGAAAUGCUAAGUUACGAUAGUCAAUCGCAUCAGCAACAGCAGCAGCAGCAGCAAUCGCAAUCUGCUCUUCAUAAGCAUACUCCAAGCGUUGAUUCUGUGCGCAGUGCACUAUCACCUGAGCAGAACGAUUUCAAUUAUUCAAAUUCGAAUAGUGCUCAAAGGCAGCAGCAACAAGGUGUUACCAACUCACCAGCUCGAUCGAAUUCUCGGCAAAUUUACGGAGAGCAUGACUUGAUAUCACCGGCAUCUACCCCUUCGCUGCCGAGAUACGAUUUCGGAGCAGAUAACAACAGCUACGCUCGGCGGCAGGAGAAGACCAUCAGUUCGUUGGCAUUGGAGAACUUUGAGGCCAAUUUGAAGAGCAAUCAUCAUAUGCAGCAUUUGUCUAGCGAUGAGGACAGUAGUAUUGUGAUUGCGGAGAAUCUCUCGGUUAACGCAGGCAAUAGCGAGGGAAAGCUGAAGAUCACAAAUCCAACAUCUGGUGGAGACUUCAUAACGCCAAAUGCUGGCAGCGGUAGCAGUAAAUACGACACUGGACGUAAUAGUUUGGGGUCGGAUUUGUCUACGGAUCUAAGACUAAAGUACAACUCUGAAGCAAAUGUAGAUCUUCCAGAUUUUCGUUCCGGUAACGCAAUGAAUGAAACCUCGGACUUCCAGGGCUUGGAUAUGACUUCUCGAGCCGGUCUUCCAUCGAGUUACUCGCAUAGCAACUUUCAGGUUCCCUCGAGUGGUGCGAAUCUGAACUUUAACCGGUAUCAUCACCAUAUCUACGAUAUACUUAACGAACGGGAGCAACACCAACAGCAGCAACAACAGCAGCAGCAUCAGCAGCAGCAACAAGAAUUCCAGUUGCAACAGCAGCAGCAACAACAGCAACAAAUGCAGCACAUGAUUCAAGACCACAUUGGUCAAGACACAGAACCGGAACAACCGGCUUCGGUAGAUCUUAGUCGUACCUCGAACUACCUGGUUCCAUCUCCUCCUUCUCCGGCCCUUCCUUAUUCCCAUCCCCAUCCGGACAUGAUCCGUAUGGUUUCACUGGAUCUGAGUGCAAACAGCGGUGGGAACAUGAUCGUCGGUAAUACCCCUCAUCAUGUCCGCCACCCCUCGUUCCUAUCCUCUCAGAUUCAACAUUCCAAUCGAGAUUCACUUCCCGACCACCAUAGACUGUUGGCAAGUGAACAGCUAGCUGCUUCGAAUCAUCGACUACUGGUCGAUCCCGCUGCGCAUCUGAUCUUUGAGCAGAAUAAUCGCCUUCUUGCGGAAACUCCUGGACCGGCACCACCUCCCCCGAGGCAUGUAGUCUCUCCACAGCGAGGUUUCGGAGCCUACCACCACCAUCAUCACCAUCAAGUCGGAUCGUCCAACUACCAUCAUCAUUCGGUCAAACAGAACCUUACCUCUCCACCGUUGAAUCAGCAUGCUUCGGCUGCUGCAAACUAUCAUCCCUUCCCGACUUACUACUAGGUAGCUUGAUCUGACAUUAACACACUAUCGUAUUCAAAUUGUUCGGUUGCAAUAGCUGAAUGUCCUCUACUGACAUUCGUUAGUAUGUUAGGGUAAUUUUCGCAGAAUGCAGAUCACUGGUGGCAAAGGGAUGCCUUAAAUUGUCGUUUGGCUGGCCUUUGUUUGUUAGUGUAAAGCUGGUUGAUUUUUCAAAUUGUUCGACCCCUCGUUGACGUUGAUUGAAAAAUUUGAUCUAUCGACACCAAAACUUGAUUUUGGACUACCUGACAGAGGGUAAUCAAAUGCAGCUAGUGACACAAUUUCUGCGAGAAUUUCUCCUUAGGAUUCGAUGCCAGUACAAAUAUGAGAGUGGCAUAAGUUAGCGACAGCUGCUGCAAAUCAACAACUCUGAAAUUCAGGACGCUUGAACAUACUGAUCGAGCUCAAAGAGUAUUAUCUGAAAAAUGUACCCACCAAAACCCGAAAGGAUUGUAAAAAAAGAAAGCAAAAAAAAAACACUGCAGCCGAGAACGAGCUUCGGUAUACGAAAAGACGGAAAAAUUGUUGAAUGUCGGUAUUGAUUAUGAAUAUGUAUAAAUAUUAUGCAAACUUCUGCAGCGAAUAAGCUAAGAGAUCGGCUCAUUUUGGUGAACCAACUGCAAGAUCUAUAUUUUUAUUGUUUUUAAUGUGCAAUCAAUUGUAUUUUUGUGAAUGUAACAAUCAAUUUGAUCUCUACUUUUGUCCGUUAUAGUACUCAUCUUUAUCACGUAUAAAAAAAAACAAUCAAAAACGACGAUAUCGCGCAAAAAUGUUUUACCAGAAAGUACGCAUAAUGAAACAUUAUAAAUGUUUUACACCUCAUUUUUGUUCAAUCUAAACACUUAGCACAAAUUGAGCAGCAGGAUGCUUUACAGUGACAGAAAAAAUCUUAUCGUAGUUUGUAACUAUUAUUCCAAGUAAAGUAGGAAAGAGAAAAGAUAAAACAAAUACAUACCAAGAUAUACCAAAACAAACAAAAAACAAACACACAAAUGAAUCGAGAGUAUUGUGCCAAAAGAAAAUAGGGGAAACCCAGCAAAAAGUACGAAACGAAUGUUCUUCUGUUUGUUUACGCUCUUGUCAACCGGAAUCAUCAGUCUUGUCAGUCAGCCGUUUUAUUAGUAGUUGUAUAAUCGAUAUUUAUAAAAAUAGAUUAUAAAAAAGAAUCCAUAGUCUGUAUCUGUGUAAAACAUUGGAAAACCUUAAAAUACAAUGAAUAGUGUUCUAUGUAACAGUGGCACAAAUUACAAAGGCAAAACAAUUUGAACGCAAAAGAACAGGAGAAGAAAAUCCAAACCCACUCACAAACAGCAUACUGAAAUUAAAAAAAAAAACUGUUUCAACAAGCAUUUGCCAGCUCA